AUGGCUCUGAAAACUUCCCAAUCAAAAUUCUCAUUAAAACUAAUGGUUCACAAAGGUGAAAGCAGAGUUAUUUUUGCUGAAGUCGACAGCCAUUUCGUCGACACUCUUUUCAGUAUCAUGACAUUGCCAAUGGCUACAAUUCUCAGACUCUUACAAAAACACUCUGAUGAAAGCCUUAAAGAAAUCGGAAGCAUAAACAAUUUAUACGAAAGUUUAACUAAUCUAUCAACAAAUUGCCUCUCUUCUGAAGAAAACAAAUGGCUCUUGCUUAAUCCAAGAACUUCGGCAUAUGAUCUCUGCACAAAGCUUAAAGUAAAUGUAGAUGACUCAGAGCCGUUGAAAUACUAUAUAUGUGAUAAUAUAAUUUGUAGUCGACGUUCUGGUGCACUUUUUAGUACUUGUAAUGUUGCUAGAUGCAAUAGAUGUGGAAUAUCGAGGAUGGAUUGGGAAAUCAAGGAUGAGGAUUCAGAUGAUGAGAGUGGAGGUGAUCGUCUUGAUGGUGGUGUGUUUGUUUCUGAUGUGGCAAGUUUUAUUGUCACAGAUGAUCUUCGUGUGAUGCCAAAUGCUUCUGGAUGUACUAUUCAGUUACUCCGUGAUCUUGGCAUUAAUGAUGUUAGUGAAUUGGAGAACAGAACCUUUGAUAUCGGCCGUGAUCAGAUGCUAAUUCUGUUAAAAGGGGCACUGUUAUGCAAGUAUCCGUUGACGUAUAUGGUUUUUGGCACAACCGGUAUUGCUACAGAGUUGGUUAAUACCGAAAAACUUGCUUCUGCUAAGCAAACGAGUAAAGAUACAACCACAGGUUCAAAAACAUUGAAAUUGAAAGUGACACUGCAAAAAUCGGCUUUUAAGUUCUUGUUUGCUGAGGCAGAUUCUAAUUUCGUGGAAUUCCUAUUUGGAUUCCUUGAAAUCCCUUUAGGAAGAAUGAUUGGCAAGUUAAUGGAUGGUGCUAGUCCGUUCGAGAGUUUGAAUAACCUUUAUGCCAGCAUUUCUAGCAUGAGCGUUGGAGAAUACGUGAAGUCCAGUUAUCUCAAAAGUAUGCUUCUCGAAUCUGAUUUGGUGAUGAAACAUCUUUCAGUAAACCAGAUCUUUCCGCUGUAUGUUUCAAGUGCUUCCAAGAGUUAUUGUCAUAGCUAUUUGAAGAAUGAAACUUACUGUGCAUAUAGGACUGAGCAUGUAAUGCGUAAAGUUCUUAAAGAUGAAAUGUUCACCUCUAUAAUUCUUAAAGAUCCAAGGGUCGAAGGAUGUUAUUUGAAUAAAUCUGCAAAGUUUAUGUUAACAGAUGAUCUUGUCAUCAGUCUGUCAUCAGCUAUGUCCUCGAUUGCUAUGCUAGGAAAGUUGAAGGUGCCUCUUAAUGAUGUUGAGGAACACACUGUGACAAUUGGAGUUGAAGAGGGUUUGAAACUGUUGGAGGCUUCGUUCAAAUCUAGUUCAACUUUGACCGAUGCCUUACUUGAGAAAGGUCAUGAAGCUGAAAAGAAUGUCAACAAGAUUGCUGUCAAAGCGGAUAAACAGAAAGGGAUCCUGUUGAGCUACAUGGAGAAACGAACCUUUGACUCUGAUAUACGUAGCCUAACUGGUACGGUGACACCACCGCCACUGCCACCCCCGCCAGCCGUCACCGUCACCUUUGUCGACAACACCGCUGCCGCCACCCCUCGCCACCACCCUGCACCGCUACCACCAUCGCCUUUGCAUUGCGUGGGCAAAUGA